AUGUCUCACUCUUACGCUCAACCGUCGUUUCCUGCCGAACAGUCGGCUUCGCAGGCAAAGAAUUCUCAAGCAUGCGGCUACAACACACGCAGUCCAGCUGUUAAACGACUCUUGCGAGAAGCCAAGGAACUGCGAGAGGAUGACAGUGACGAUUACUGUGCUGAACCUCUUGAAGAUAAUAUCUUUGAAUGGCAUUUUGUAAUUCGAGGUCCCAUGGAUUCCGAAUACGAAGGCGGAAGAUACCAUGGCCGAAUACUUCUCCCGCCAGAAUAUCCUUUUAAGCCGCCAAAUAUUAUGCUUACUACUCCAAACGGUCGGUUUGUACCUAACAAGAAGAUUUGCCUAAGUAUUACUGGGUAUCAUCCAGAGUAUUGGUUGCCCGCCUGGGGAAUUCGAACAGUUAUAUUAGCACUAAUUGGCUUUAUGACGACUAAAGCGAAUGGUGCGAUCGGGGGUGAUGAUAGUUAUUCACCCGAGGAUCGUAAGCUUUUGGCUAAACGGUCUCGAUACGAUAAAUGCAAAAUAUGUAAUGUACCUAACAUAGAGCUGCUCCCAGAUAGAACACGCAACGAUAAAGCGCCAGCUCGCGAAACUUUGGAUAGAGAGAAGAUUGUAAUGUAUUAUGAAGAUGCGUUCAAGGCGAUGUCUAAUAACAACACUAUUACGGACGUUGCAAGUUCUGAAGAGACAUCUGGCCAAUCGGCGGAGGAGACGCCCGAUCAAUUGGCAGAAGCGACACCCGAUCAAGUAGUGGAAGAGACGCCCGAUCAAGUAGUGGAAGAGACGACCGAUCAAUUACUGGAAGAGACGCCCAUGCCAGCUAAUACGUCACAUAAACCACGAGACAUUGUUUUCAUUGACAUCUUGAUUGGGAUUGUUCUGGCCAUCGUAAUGACAUUGAUCGUUAAGAAGUUCAUGUAG